AUGGACGACAAGCAAGAAUCUAAUCCUAAUCCUAAUCACCAUCAUCAUCAUCAUCAUCAUCAUCAUCAUCAUCAUCGUGGCCUGCCGUCCCACAAGGCUACGAAAGAGCAUCAUCGUCACCACAACCACCAUCACCAUAGAGAUGACACGAACGAGCGCCCAUCUCAUCGACAUCAAGGAGAAUCUUCCGAACAAGAAGGUGUUCACCAUCACUCCAAAGUUCCAAAGAAGCACCACAUCUCUCAUUCUUCUGGCCAAAAUACAGAGUCUCAUAGUCCUCUAGCCUCUCACCAAGCUAUCAUUGACCAGAAAAACCAUGACAUUCCACCAGUCAAACGGCAUUCCAAAAACAAUAUUCCAGGUCCCAUACUCCUAGCACCUAGUAAGGAGACUGGUAUGGCCGAAUCGAAGGUUGCUCCCAUUUCGGAUGUCGAGCUCGAAGAACACGACAUAAUAUUGAAGGAAAAUAGUGAACUGCGGCGUCACCUGCAUCAAAUAGAAGAAGGACUAGAAAUUGUCAACGGACAGGAUUCGAUCGAGGAAACCACUUCCAAGCGACGUCGCAUUAUUUGCAUGGCCAUAUUCUGCUGCUUUCUAUUUUUUGCUGCUUUCGUUGGUGCGAUGGUGGCAGUCUUGAAACCCAAGUACUCUUCGCCUAUCAUUGAGACAUGUUUUCAAACCAGCUCGGAGCUACAGGGUACAGUUCACAAAUGGUUUGACAGUCCUGAAUUGAGGACAUCAGUCGAGUCAAAGUAUGGACCGCUUGGAGAUUGGUGUUUCGGUGCAGACGUUACUAGUAUGAACCAACUAUUUGUGGGGCGUUCCAAUUUCAACGAGGACAUUUCGAAUUGGGAUGUCUCUUCUGUCACUGACAUGAAGUUCAUGUUCUACAAUGCAUCUUCGUUCAACCAAGACAUCGCAUCGUGGAAUGUUUCUUCUGUCGGUGACAUGAGUGAAAUGUUUGCAGGCGCUUCCUCCUUCAAUCAAAAUUUGACAUCAUGGGAUGUCUCGUCAGUCCAUACGAUGGGUAGGAUGUUCUUGAAAGCAAUAUCCUUCAAUGGAGACUUAUCAACUUGGGAUGUCUCGUCUGUCGCUGAAAUGGGGCUGAUGUUCGAAGCGGCAUUAUCGUUUAACCAAGACUUGUCGUCAUGGGAUGUCUCUUCCGUGGAUUACAUGUAUUACAUGUUCGCGAACGCAUCUUCCUUCAAUCAAGACUUGUCAUCAUGGGAAGUUUCAUCGGCUAAGUCUAUGAGUGGAAUGUUCAGGGGAGCAUCAACGUUUAAUCAAGACUUGUCAUCCUGGGACGUUUCUUCCGUCGCAUACACGGACGAAAUGUUCAAAGAUGCAUCAUCUUUCAACCAAGACAUAUCAUCCUGGAAUGUUUCUUCUAUCAUAGACAUGAGUGAGAUGUUUCACAAUGCAUCAUCGUUCAAUCAAAACUUGUCAUCCUGGGAUGUUUCUUCUGUCAGGUACAUGGACGAACUUUUCAAAGAGGCACGAUUGUUCAAUCAAGACAUAUCAUCAUGGGACAUUUCUUCUACAGUAUCCAUGAUCGGAAUGUUUCAAGGUGCAUCUGCAUUCAAUCAGAAUCUUUGCACAUGGGGACCGCGCAUUGCCAGUUUCACUCGCAAUACUAUCGAAACAUUUCUCGGCACCGACUGCCCAUCUCAAUCCGAACCAAAUCUUUCUUCUAAUCCGCGAGGCCCAUUUUGUUACGCUUGCUGA